AUGAUAAGUAAAAAUUGUCCAGAAGUUGGAGAUGUAGGUUCUGAGGCUGAAAUUGUGACUGAAAAUGAGAAUGAAAAUGUGGAAGAAGAAUGUGAUGUAGAUGUGGAUGUGGAAGAACGGGGGAAUGUGAUUUCCUCUUCUAAUAGUGGUCCUUUAGAGCCAUUUAUCGGUAUGAAAUUUGAUGACGUAGAAGAUGCCCAGACAUUUUAUAAGGCGUAUGCAAGACGAAGAGGUUUUUCAAUGCGGACCAACCAUUCUAGAUUGUCAAAAGAAGAGAAAAAAUUGAUUGCGGUGGACUAUGUUUGUUCAAGGGAAGGAUUUCGGCAUGAAAGUCGCAAACAAAAGGAACGAACCAUUCCUGAACCUGCUGAGACAAAAAUUGGAUGUAAAGCAAUAAUGGCAAUAAGAAAAGACGGUGAACAGUGGGCAGUAACUAAGUUUGUUCCCGAACAUAACCACGAGCUACUUACACUAAGAAGUACUAGUUUGCUACGUGGACAUAGAGGAGUGACACGUGCUCAAAAAAAGCUUAUUCUCACUUUGAAUGAGUCUGGUGUACCGACAAGAAAGAUAAUGUCAGUGCUAAGUAAAGAAUCAGGUGGUGACUUUAACGUUGGAUGCAUUGGCAAGGACGUGGAAAAUUUCUUGGGAAAUAAAAGAAGAAAAUUAUUUGAAGAGGGAGAUGCACAAAGGUUAUAUACUUACUUUCUUGAUAGACAAUGCAAAGAACCUGGGUUUGUAUACUCCAUGCAAGUUGAUGAGAAUGGAUGUAUGGGAUCUUGUUUUUGGGCAAAUGCAAGGUCAAGGGCUGCAUACCAAUACUUUGGGGAUGUUGUGACUUUUGAUGCCACGUAUUUGACAAAUAUAUAUAAGAUGCCAUUUGUGCCAUUUUCUGGAGUUAACCAUCAUCACCAAACCAUAAUGUUUGGUUGUGCCUUAUUGGUUAAUGAAACAGCAGAAUCCUAUACAUGGUUGUUGAGAACAUGGCAAGAGGCAAUGCUUGGGAAGGCUCCUAAAACUAUAAUUACCGAUGACGACAAGGCGAUGGCAAAGGCCAUUGUAGAAGUACUACCAAACACAACUCAUAGGUUGUGCUUGUGGCAUAUUUUACAAAAAUUUCUUGAACAUUUAGCCCAUGUGUAUAACAAAUUUCCAGACUUCCAAAAAGAUUUUCGCCAUUGUAUCCAUGAGACUAUCACGAUUGAUGAGUUUGAAGAAGAAUGGACAUCAAUAUUGCUUAAGUAUGGGCUAAUAGAUAACACUUGGCUGCAAAAUCUUUAUAACCGACGGGAAAUGUGGGUUCCAGCUUACUUGCGAAGUACAUUUUGUGCUGGUAUGUCAACAACUCAAAGGAGUGAAAGCAUGAACAAGUUUUUCAAGGAUUAUGUUCAUUCAAGCACUAUGGUGAGUGACUUUGUGCAUCAAUAUGAGAAAACAUUAAAUGCACGUUACUUUAAAGAGAAAGAAAAGGAUGUGCGAACAAUAUCUACACGAGCAAUAUUGAAAACGGGUUACAAAAUUGAAGAAGAGGCGGCCUUAGUCUAUACAAGAAAGUCUUUUAUGAAAUUUCAAGAUGAGCUUUUCAGUAGCCAACGAUACAAGUCAACCAAACAUCAAAGUGAUGGUGAAAGCAAGACAUAUGGAGUGACACCUCAGUGUAAAGAAAGCCCUGUCUAUUAUGUGACAUUGGAGUCCGGACAAGAAAAGGCAACAUGCACAUGCCACAUGUAUGAGUUUUAUGGAAUUAUUUGUAGGCACAUUCUAUGUGUCUUUGGCAAGAAAUUCAAAUUAGAUAUGUUGCCACGGCAAUAUAUUCUAGAGAGAUGGACAGUUAAUGCUAAGAGUCGAGCCAAUUCUUGA